CGUCGUGCUCUGGAAUCGCUGCCUCUUUCAGCACCAAGAACAGCUACAAGUGCAGCUCCUCGCGCGCCGGCAUGCACUGAAAUGGGGCUGAGAGCCACCGAGCCGGCUCCUUCCCAGCAGCUUCUUCCAGAGCCAGGGAGUACCUCAGCUGCAGGGCAAAAUGCAAGGACAUGAGUCGUUGACUUCCUUCCAGCAUCAGAGCCAUAGAUAUUAAUCUAUAUUUCAACUUCAAUCUACAAUAGCUGAAAACACCUCACCACAAAACAAAUUAACCCAUGGUACUGAUGGACGUUUUUUGUAAAACAUAUUUUAAGAACUUUUGUUGAGAUCUAUUUUCUACUUGUGGCACAAUUCUAUAUUGUUACUUAUUGGGCACCGAUGGUAGCUUUCAGAAGGUGCUGCUUCAAAUGGUCCACCUCCUCUUUUAGCAAGAAGGAACUUCGGGUCUUGGAUAGCAACAACGUCUGCGGGGAAAAAUGGUAUACGAAGGAAAGCGGCUCGUCUCCUGCCAUUGUUUCUUCCUAUUAACAGCCAAAUUCUACUGGAUACUCAGUAUGAUGCAAAGAACUCAUGGCCAGGAAUAUGCCCACUCUAUUCGACUGGAUGGGGACAUCAUCUUGGGAGGACUGUUCCCUGUCCAUGCAAAAGGGGAUAGAGGGGUGCCUUGUGGGGAGCUGAAGAAGGAGAAGGGGAUCCACAGACUAGAGGCAAUGCUAUAUGCAAUAGAUCAGAUCAAUAAGGACCCCGAUCUUCUUGCCAAUAUCACUUUAGGUGUCCGGAUCCUAGAUACUUGUUCCAGGGACACUUAUGCAUUGGAGCAGUCCUUAACGUUUGUGCAAGCUUUGAUAGAGAAAGAUGGUUCAGAUGUGAAAUGUGCUAAUGGAGACCCACCUAUUUUCACUAAGCCAGACAAGAUAUCAGGUGUAAUAGGUGCUGCUGCAAGUUCUGUAUCCAUCAUGGUUGCUAAUAUUUUAAGACUUUUUAAGAUACCUCAAGUCAGCUAUGCAUCUACAGCUCCAGAAUUAAGUGAUAACACCAGGUAUGACUUUUUCUCUCGAGUGGUUCCACCUGACUCAUAUCAAGCCCAAGCCAUGGUCGAUAUUGUGACAGCACUUGGAUGGAACUACGUGUCAACACUGGCUUCAGAGGGAAACUAUGGAGAGAGUGGUGUAGAAGCAUUUACUCAGAUCUCGAGGGAAAUUGGUGGCGUUUGCAUCGCUCAGUCGCUAAAAAUCCCCCGUGAACCAAGACUGGGAGAAUUUGACAAGAUCAUCAAGCGCUUGUUGGAAACUCCUAAUGCUCGAGCAGUGAUCAUGUUUGCAAACGAGGAUGAUAUUAGGCGAAUAUUAGAAGCAGCCAAAAAAACUAAUCAAACCGGACAUUUUCUUUGGAUUGGCUCAGAUAGUUGGGGGUCAAAAAUUUCACCUGUUUACCAACAGGAAGAGAUUGCAGAAGGAGCAGUCACCAUUCUGCCCAAAAGAGCUUCUAUCGAUGGAUUCGAUAGAUAUUUUCGGAGCCGUACCCUUGCUAAUAAUCGAAGAAAUGUGUGGUUUGCAGAAUUUUGGGAGGAGAAUUUUAGAUGCAAGUUAGGAUCACAUGGAAAAAGAAACAGCAAUAUCAAGAAAUGCACAGGCUUAGAAAGAAUUGCAAGAGAUUCAGCCUAUGAGCAAGAAGGAAAGGUCCAGUUUGUAAUUGAUGCUGUAUAUUCCAUGGCCUAUGCACUACAUAGCAUGCAUAAAGAGCUCUGUCCUGGAUAUAUUGGUCUGUGUCCAAGGAUGAGCACGAUUGAUGGUAAAGAGCUACUUAGUUAUAUCCGGGCUGUAAACUUUAACGGGAGUGCUGGAACGCCUGUUAUUUUCAAUGAAAAUGGAGAUGCGCCUGGGCGCUAUGAUAUAUUUCAGUAUCAAAUGACCAACAAAAGUGCAGAAUACAAAGUAAUUGGUCACUGGACAAAUCAACUUCAUCUAACUGUAGAAGACAUGCAGUGGGCUAGCAGAGAUCAUACUCAUCCAGCAUCUGUUUGCAGCCUGCCCUGUAAACCUGGGGAAAGAAAGAAAACAGUAAAGGGAGUGCCUUGCUGUUGGCACUGUGAACGCUGUGAAGGGUACCAUUACCAAGUGGAUGAGCUCACCUGUGAACUAUGCCCAUUUAAUAAGCGACCAAAUGCCAACCGCACAGAUUGCCAGCUUAUUCCAAUAAUCAAACUGGAAUGGCAUUCUCCCUGGGCCAUCGUGCCCGUGUUCAUAGCUAUUCUCGGAAUUAUUGCAACCACCUUUGUCAUCGUGACAUUUGUCCGCUACAAUGACACACCCAUCGUCAGGGCAUCUGGCCGCGAACUCAGCUACGUGCUAUUGACUGGGAUUUUUCUCUGUUACUCUAUCACUUUUUUAAUGAUCGCCGCUCCGGACACAGUGAUCUGCUCAUUUCGACGGCUCUUUUUAGGACUCGGCAUGUGCUUCAGUUACUCUGCCUUGCUCACAAAAACUAAUAGAAUCCACAGAAUAUUUGAGCAAGGUAAAAAAUCUGUCACAGCUCCAAAGUUUAUUAGCCCGGCUUCCCAGUUGGUGAUCACUUUCAGCCUCAUAUCCAUGCAGCUUCUUGGAGUCUUCGUCUGGUUUGCUGUUGAUCCACCACAUAUCGUAGUAGACUAUGGAGAGCAGAGGACACUUGAUCCAGAAAAUGCCAGGGGAGUUCUCAAAUGUGACAUUUCUGAUCUUUCUCUCAUUUGUUCCCUUGGAUACAGUAUUCUCUUGAUGGUCACAUGCACUGUGUAUGCUAUUAAAACAAGAGGGGUUCCAGAGACCUUCAAUGAAGCAAAACCCAUUGGAUUUACUAUGUACACCACCUGCAUAAUUUGGUUAGCUUUUAUUCCAAUCUUUUUUGGUACUGCGCAGUCCACAGAGAAGAUGUACAUCCAGACAACAACACUUACUGUCUCCAUGAGUUUAAGUGCUUCAGUAUCUCUGGGCAUGCUCUACAUGCCCAAGGUUUAUAUUAUCAUUUUUCAUCCAGAGCAGAAUGUUCAAAAACGGAAGAGGAGCUUCAAGGCUGUUGUGACAGCUGCCACAAUGCAAAGCAAACUGAUCCAAAAAGGAAACGACAGACCAAAUGGCGAGGUCAAAACUGAACUGUGUGAAAGUCUUGACACCAACACUUCCUCUACCAAGACAACAUAUGUCAGCUACAGCAACCAUGCAAACUGAGCAGGGAAAUGAAACACACCUGAAGUAUGUGAAAAUUAAAAAAAACAAACAAUGAAUUUACUACCACCAAAACCUCGGUCUUGGAAAGAGCUGUAGACUACAAUCAACUCAACAGUCAGUCUCUUAAUGGACAAAGAUUAACAACGAGCCAAAAGCAGUAGGGGCGGGGAAGGGAAAAGCUCAGUUUUAUACAAGUCAGACCGAAUGUCAAACUUCUAAACUGUUUACUCACAAAAGGAAGUAAAUCACAAAAGGAAAACAAAUGUUAACUUGUGAAAAAAAAAAUGCUGUUGAAAUAAACCAUGUCUGAUGUUAUACUUGUAAGUACUUUUUUGUGAUUGUGAGAAUUUCCAUUCCUGUCCCACAUUGUUCAACUUGUAUAAGAAGAUGAAUUUGUUUCUUGUGAUGACUGACUGAAUUGAAGCCCUGGGUUGUGCUAAAAUAAAUGCAAUGAUUGACGCAUGCAAAUUUUUAUACAAAAUAAUUUAUUUCUAAUAAUAAAGGAAUGUUUUGCAAAUGUUCAGACUUGUUUCGUUGAAGUUUUAAGGAAGAAAAAACAAAUAAUAUUUUAAGUCCUGACGAUAUUGUCUAUUGUUUGUUUAGAAUGUGCGGUAAAGGGGGGGAGGGAUAUAAUUAAAACAAUAAUAAUGGUGUCAGAGGAAUGCAGUGUAAAGUAUAAGCAUGUUGAUGGAGGUGUCUGUAUGUGCGUGCGUGUGUGUGUGCGCUCUCUGAGGUGGGUGAAUUUAUUUGUUUUUAAAAUUGUGACUAUUUUAAAAUUGCUGGUGGGAAUUUUUCCCAAAGUAAAUACAUUUUAUAAGAUUUUGUGAAAUGAAGGAUUCCUGAUGUUGUGCUCACCAUUUAUGAUUCAGCAACUGUUUUUUUUUUCUUUUGAAAAAAUUAUCAGACAAUUAUAACAAAGAUGGUAAAACUAAAAACUCAGAUUUCUUAUAGUAAUCAGAACCAGCAAACUGAAAUAAAAGGUUAAUCUUAUUAUCCUAUACUAUGCUAUUAUGUUGCUGAUAUUCCCCCAUCAACUAUGAUGGUUUGCCAUUGCUGGCAAUCACAUCUUAUUGAUGGAUGCCUUAGAAAUAACGUAGAAAGGAAUCAGGGGAAUAUUUGGAAAACAGUAAAGUGGAUAUAUGAACUAACUUAUCAAACCUUUCAAAAUCAAAGGAAAUGGCUAUUCAAGUACAAUUCUGAUGUCUUCUAAUUUUCAGAAUUAAAUUAUUCAGUAGUUAAUGGUGCCAUGCCAUUAGAAAUGGUUCUACCAAAGACAGAGAAAAAACAAGAGAGAUUGGAACCAGUGUAGAGAUCUAUCAUGUUAAUAAGCCACUCUAGACAAGUUAAAAGCAGACUGCUAGAGGCUUUCAGCUCUGUCACCAAUGUCUAUGAUGUGCUUUGAGACUUUUUCUACUCUAUACAAUAUCUACCAUUCGUCAAGUCAAUGGGUCUUCGCAAUCAGUUUGUUAUUAAAUGUUCUUU